AGUGAUGUAUGUGAAAAAAGUGAGAGAAUUGAGGAAAAGACAGAUUUUGUAAUUUUUUGAAAUGAUAGAUAAUAAUAGAAAAUAGGGUAAAAAAAUGUGUAAUUAGAUAAUUUUUUGAAUAAAAUAUGGUAUUUGUGCAAAUCAGGCCAAGAGGAAGGUCCAUAGCCCCAAAGAACAAAAUUGAAGUAAAAUUAGCAACUGAGCGGUUGUGUGCAAAAGAGGAAAGACAGAAACCACCAUCACCAUGAGCAGAGAAGAAAACGAAGAAGAUGAUAUAAUAUGCUUGGACGAAUCUUUCUUCGUCAAUGACGACUACCAGAUUACAGAUUUUACAUUUGGGCCUCAUGUUCUUCAGCUUUACUGCCUCCAAUCUUCUUCAACUGAUUUUGAUUUGACAGGACAGUUGGUGUGGCCUGGGGCAGUGCUGUUGAAUGAUUAUCUUACAAAGAAUGCUAACAUGCUCCAAGGAUGUUCUAUCAUUGAACUAGGUUCUGGUGUUGGUAUAACUGGAGUACUCUGCAGUAGAUUCUGUCGUGAAGUAGUGAUGACAGAUCAUAAUGAUGAAGUUCUCAAGAUUCUGAAGAAAAACAUAAAGCUGCAGGAAUCUUCAAAUGAUUCUAUGUGUUGUACAGAAUUAAAAGCUGAGAAGCUGGAAUGGGGUAACUCUGAUCAGCUGAAUUGCAUAUUACAGGAGCAUCCAGAAGGAUUUGAUUUAGUCCUUGGAGCUGACAUUUAUAUCCUAGUUGAUUUUUCUCCUAACUGCCUUAAUUGGUUCUCUUUUUGUAUAUGUCUGACUUAAUUUGAAGCUAACAACAUCAUGCCAAUUGCCAGCCUAUGAUUAACUUACCCAUUCCUCUUUGAGGUUGGAAAUCGUCUUUCGGAUUGGAUACAUGUAUCUGGAAAUGUUUGGCAGUAAUGAACUAGCUCCUUUCUUUUCAGUAAUACUUGGAAAAUUCCAAUUCAUUGGGCCUAUAAGAUAUGAAUAUCUUUCUCUCCUUGGAUGUCUUUUAAAGUCAGAUAAGUAUUUUGGUUCUCUGUCCUUGCCUUGGCACCUGAAAAAAACCUGUUGUCAAAUCUAUUGAUCUACAUUUGAAACCUAUUAGCAACUAUAUUGUCUUAACUGAAAAAUGAUUGAAUUACAUACAUAGUUUUUGUUACUUUACCUCAUUUGGAUCAUAUCAUAGUCUAGAAAGAAUAGUGUAUCCCUUGACAAGCUUUAAGUUUUCAGCAGGUAAAUGUUCCUUUGCUUUUUGAUACUGUUGAGCGGCUACUUAGAGAUCAUGGCCAGAACAAAUGCAAAUUUAUUUUGGCCUAUGUUUCACGAGCAAAAGUGAUGGAUGCUAUGGUCAUCAAUGAAGCAAUUCGGCAUGGUCUGCAGAUAAAUGAAGUUUCUGGGACUCGACGUAUUAUCAAGAAUCUUGAAGGAGUUAUAUUUGAGAUUACGACUAAUCACUAGAGUUGGCAAUUAGGAGUUUCUUCAGCACCAUUUGAGUGGAAAACUACACAGUUUUAAGGAGCACAGAGAAAAUGUUACUCUGUGAACAAUGCAAGAAGCUCUAGUUGCCAUCAAAACUUGGUUUUCUGUGUAAUUUUGACAUUCUAGGCAACAAAAAAAAGAUGCAUCAAGUCCUCAAAAAGAAUCUUGUAAUGUAUCAUUUUUUUCCCUUUAUAACUCUUCUUUUAUCUAUCGGAAACAACCUUCUAUCCCACAAAGGUAAGGGUAACGUUUGCGUACAUGCUACCCUCCCCAUACCCCACUUGUUGGAUUAUAUUGUCUUAUGAUGAUGAUGUUUAUAGCUCUUCUUUUG